GUUUCUAUGCAUAUUACAAAAGACCAAGCCAUAUGUAUGUUUUACUACGUAGAAUAUACACAUGAAAACGUCACCAAAUACAGAAAUAUGCUUGAAUCUCAGAACUAUGAAAUUUGUUUUAAUACCAAUGAAUGUGAACCAAUCCUUGUAAUGAAACAACGUAUGUUAGGUAAUCCAGUUACCUACCGUAAGUAUUUGGAUGUAGUUAAAGAAAAAGAAGAAACAGGUGUUAAGCGUAAGAAGUCUGAGCUUGUGACCGAAUCUCAAGUUAUCCAGUUUGUAAACAGCGUUUACACUGUGAAUGACUUUAGCAAUCCAGAAAUAUAUCAAGAAAAAUUAACUAGUACAAACGAUAUCUUUGAAACAGUAAACGAAAAUUCAACGGUCCUUAAUAACAAAACAUUACUUGCAUUUACUCGUUGGUGUUCGGGCAACAGGUUAAAAUUCUUAAAUGCCGUAGAAGAUAAAAAUUAUGGAGCUAGAAAAAGAAAUCUUUUUGUGAUGGAUAAAAUUUACCAUGACUGUCUAAUUACAUCAAUUACGGAAUAUCUACCAAAUUACCAGCAAUCAUUGAAAGCUUUGCAAAAUAAUGCAUUUGAAAUUGUAGGAUACGUUCGAAAGUCUCCUACUGCGGAUAUUUUGGAUAACCGUGUGGAGCUAUUGCAGCAAAUGGUAGACAAUUUGCGUUCCAGAUCUUUUGCAACUCGUAUUUUUGUGUCUUCAAGCUCAAGGGCUUCAACAGCUUUUGCAGAGCGAGACCUUAACGUGGACCAAAAUAUAUACCAACAAUUAGAUAAAGUAGAUGGAACUACUCAGGAUUUCAUUAAAUACUUAAACGCAUCCAGACAUUCAAUUUGUCUUGCGGUAUUAGAUUUUGCUGGACUUUCCAGUCGAUCCCAUCACGUCCAAGAAUUGUUGAAAGAUUAUCCUGUAAUCAAAAAAGUCGCUGUGGAUACAUUCAUGUUUUCAAAUGAACUGUUCAUUUAUGAUACCCGUGAUUUGAAGGCAAAUACCAAUUUAUUAGAAAAAUUUGAUUGUAGAUACAAAUUAAUGCAGAGAUCAAAAUAAAUAACACCAAAAAUAAAAUAUAUCAAUAAUUGAUAGUCUUUCAACCCAUCUUAGGGGUAAUUGGAAGUCAUACUUAUCCCAAUCAUUGUUGCCUCCGUUCCAGGUUCCGAUGAGGUGGUAAAGGCUCUUUCGUGCCACGCUUUAUUUUCAGAUAACAUAUAAUAAAAAAAAUUUUUUUUUAAUUCCUAUUUCUUUAGAUCUUUUUCGCGCCGCGCAUCGUGGUAAUAAUAUGUCCAAUGAUCAAUCUGAACAAUUGUUUACAAGAGAACAAGUCGAACAAAUCAUUGAGGAAAUGUCAAGAAAAAUCAAUCUUGACAGAUCAGGUGAAGAUCCUACAAAC